UUAUACUCUUAGAUAACCUAAAGCAGGGGCUGAAGUCAGAGGAUCACAAACUAAUAACAACUACAUAAAACGCUCUUUAAGGACUCCGAACCCACACAUUCAAGACAAGCAAAGCCUGAUUUUCCCUUGUCACAAUGCGCAUCAAGAGCUCCUCUUGCUUUCUCUUCUCUGUCUUGAAUUUUGCUAUUCUCUUGCUUUCUACUCCUGCAGUCACCACUCAUGAUCACCUUGAAGAGCAGAGGAGGGAUAGGAUUAUGAAGCUACCAGGGCAACCCCCAAAUGUGAGCUUCUCUCAAUUCUCCGGCUACAUCACUGUAGACCCAGUGGAAGGUAGGGCCCUCUUUUAUUGGUUGAUUGAGGCCCCCAAGAUUGUCAAGCCCAGAUCUAAGCCACUAGUUUUAUGGCUUAAUGGCGGGCCAGGUUGCUCAUCUGUGGCCUAUGGAGCUUCAGAGGAGGUCGGCCCAUUUAGGGUCCGACCCGAUGGCGAGACCCUCCAUUUGAAUCCAUAUGCUUGGAAUAAAGUGGCAAAUUUGCUGUUUCUUGAUUCACCUGCUGGUGUGGGAUUUUCUUAUUCAAAUACUUCAUCAGAUAUAUACACGGUUGGUGACGGGAGGACAGCCGAAGAUGCCUACACAUUUCUGGUUAACUGGCUUGAGAGGUUCCCUCGAUACAAGCACAGGCCCUUUUACAUUGCUGGAGAAAGCUAUGCAGGCCAUUACAUUCCUGAGCUGUCACGGAUUAUAGCCCGGAGAAAUAAGGGGGUCAAGAAUCCUGUCAUUAAUUUUAUAGGUUUCUUGUUAGGCAAUCCGCUCUUGGAUGAUUAUCAUGAUAACACUGGCACACACGAGUUCUGGUGGAACCAUGGAUUGAUAUCCGAUUCCACUUAUGAAGAUUUAAAGAAGUUCUGCCCAAAUAAUUCGUUCUUGUUCCCUCGGAAUGAAUGUUACGGUGCUUUAGAGAGGGCAUAUUCAGAGUUUGGAGAUAUCAAUCCUUAUAGCAUUUACAGCCCUCCUUGCAAUGUAAUCAGAACUCUUAGACACAAUCUAAAGCAUUCACUGCCAUGGAAAUUCAGAGGAAAUGACGAGUGUGUGGUGAUGUACACAAAAAGAUACAUGAACCGUCCAGAGGUGCAAAAGGCUCUUCAUGCCAACAUCACUAGGGUUCCGCAUCCUUGGGUCACUUGCAGUUCUGUUGUUAGGAGCAAGUGGAGUGAUUCUCCUAAAUCCAUGUUGCCAAUCUUCAAAGAACUUAUAGCAGCUGGCAUUAGAAUAUGGGUUUUCAGUGGCGAUGCAGAUGCAAUUUUGCCACUUACUGCGACCAGAUACUCCAUUAAUGCUCUACAGCUUGAGACCAACACAAGCUGGUAUGCUUGGUAUGAUGACCAUCAACAGGUUGGUGGCUGGAGCCAAGUUUACAAGGGCUUGACCUAUGUGACAGUAAGGGGAGCAGGGCAUGAAGUGCCUUUGACUCAGCCUCGACUUGCUUUAUUGCUAUUUAUGCAAUUUCUGAAAAAUGAACCCAUGCCAGCACUUUAGUCUUCGAGGACUUUCCUCGACUCAGCCUCGACUCUAGGUUACUAGCAAAUUAUAGAGUGUUCUUAUUCUUUCUGUCCAAAUCAUCAUUUGUAUUUCUACUGCAAUAAGGUCAAAUUGCCCUCUGCAUAUGCAUCAGUACACGUUUGUGCUGUGUAUGAUAAUUCUAAAGGUGCAGCGAGGCAAUUUGAUUAAACAAACUAAAAGGAGAAUUGACAGAAUAGCCUCAUUUAUCUUUCCACUGCUUUCUUUCAAUGCAGCUAAGAAUAAAAUAUGAACACUAAAAGUUUUCAGGUCU